AUGUAUCUACAACAGGUGGGGUUCAUGUUCGACAACGCGCUGCCGAAGACGCGGCGGUCGUUCCGGUUCGGCGACAUCUCCGUCGCCGUCCGGUUGGUAGAUGACGACCCGGGAGCUGUGCAGUCCGGUCACUACGUCUGGCCGGCCGCUCCGGCGCUGUCCGCCUACCUCGUAGACCGCCGCCUGGCGCUGCCCCGCGGAGGCAGGUGCCUGGAGCUGGGCGCAGGGUGCGGCCUGGCGGGGCUAGUCGCGGCGCAGCUACCGCUCACGAAGGCGGUCGUGUUCACGGACCAUGACCCAGGCGUGUUGGACAUGAUCAGAGAGAGCAUCGAAGAGCAACAGCAACAGCCGGAGUUGGGGGGGAGCGCAGCCGCAGCAAAGUCGCGUUGCGUGCAGCUCUCGUGGGGCACCGUCGGAAACGCCCAACGCGCCUCCCUAGCGCACGCGCUUUCGAGCGUCGCAGCCUCCUCUACGCCCCGACCUAGGCGUGACGAAGCUCUCGUCCGGACAAGAAAUCUUGCGGAGGAGGUGGGGGGGUCGACAAGUAGGAGUGGCCCCGGGAGGGGGAGCGGGGCCGGGCUCAGCAGGGGACGUAUCGACGGUGCACGCGGGGAUGGCAGUGAACAAGACGGCAGCGAUGGUGAUGAUGGUGACAGCAGUGGUGGCGGUGGCGUGCUUUUCGAUCUGGUGAUCGCGAGCGACGUGAUAUACUCGGUGUCGGUGGUGGAGCCCCUUUUUCUGACAGUCGGCGAGCUCCUCCGUCCUCGUUGUUGCCCUUGUCCUUCGAGGGAGAAACGGGGCGAAGUCUUCUGCGCGGAAGGGGCGGUAGAGACGGGGGCAGGGGAGGCAAGGCCGCCACGGGAACCCGCGCCAGGCAAAGGGGAAGAGGCGGUAGAGAGGCGACAAGCAGCGGGGACAGGGGGGGACGGGAGUGGUAGCAUCGUUCCAGAGGAGGAAGUGCCGGUAUUGUCUCCGCCGAAGCCUCCAUUACGUGAGGGUGGUCCGUUUGACGACGAAAGCUCGUCUGCUAGCGGCGGCGGCGGCGGCGGCGGCGCUGACGGCACGCCCGUGUUCUUGAUGUCCCAGAGCUUCGGAUACGACCCAGAGACCGAGAAAACGAUCGAGCGGGCCUGCGUGGAGCAGGGCUUGGUUCGAGAGGUGGUGUGGGACGAGCUCCAUCUCGCACCCACAACACCGACAACAACAACCCAGGAGCGCCAAGAACAGCAAGAGCCGCCACCACCCGAACAGCGGCAGCAACGGGGGGCCGGUGAGGUCGCCGCGAAAGGAGAGCACCCCUCUCCCGCGAGGAGGGAAGGGGGGGAAGAGGAGGAGCUGCUGGUGGUGUCGCGGCCGCUACGGGCGGGAACCAAACUGCAACGGUUCUGGCGCGCAUGA